GUUCAUGCAUUGAUUACAGGUCCAUUUGAAACUCCAUAUGAAGGAGGAUUUUUCUAUUUUUUGAUUCGAUGUCCACCAGAUUAUCCAAUACAUCCUCCAAGGGUGAAGUUGAUGACUACUGGUGAAGGAAAGAUUAGAUUCAAUCCAAAUUUAUAUAAGAAUGGAAAAGUCUGUUUAAGUAUUCUAGGAACUUGGGCUGGUCCUGCAUGGAGUCCUGCCCAAAGUUUAUCAAGUGUUUUAAUUUCUAUUCAGUCACUUAUGAAUGAAAAUCCCUAUUUUAAUGAACCUGGUUUUGAAAAGGUGAGUGGAAAUAACUGA